UGAGUAUAAAAUAGCAACUCGGUCUUUUAUAGCCCCGGAGUUCCCGUGAUGCUCCACGCGGCUGCAAUGAUUGGUGGAGAGUCUUGCUUUUAGGGCGUGGUUGCGCUCUGGAGCAAUCGUGGAUGAAUUGGGAGUGUGCGCGCGUGAGCGGGGCCGCGACUGGCGCCAGCUCGAGCCCGCAGGGCGCUCGGGGGCGCGCACGUCGCUCCCCGCCCUCCCGCCACCGCCCGCCCUCGUUCGCUCGCGCUCCCCGCCCGCCGCCCGCGGUCCACCGUCGGUUCUCUCCUCAGUCCGCCGUCUCCCGCGGAGCUGCCGGUCCCCCGUCUCCGAGCUUGCGGACUCGUGGACAGGCGUCCUGAGCGCGAAGAGGCCGGACUCGGAGUCGUCGCCUUGAGCCUUGCAUCUGAGAACCUCCAGCUACUUUGUACAACCACUGUCACGGAAGCUGUGUGGUUUUCAGCGUCUUUGUAAGCGAUGGCUGCCAUCAGGAAGAAACUGGUGAUUGUUGGUGAUGGAGCUUGUGGUAAGACAUGCUUGCUCAUAGUCUUCAGCAAGGACCAAUUCCCAGAGGUUUAUGUGCCCACAGUGUUUGAAAACUAUGUGGCAGAUAUCGAAGUGGAUGGAAAGCAGGUGGAGUUGGCUUUGUGGGACACAGCUGGACAGGAAGAUUAUGAUCGCCUGAGGCCUCUCUCCUAUCCAGACACUGAUGUUAUACUGAUGUGUUUCUCCAUCGACAGCCCUGAUAGUUUAGAAAACAUCCCAGAAAAAUGGACUCCUGAAGUCAAGCAUUUCUGUCCCAAUGUGCCCAUCAUCCUGGUUGGGAACAAGAAGGAUCUUCGGAAUGAUGAGCACACAAGACGGGAGUUAGCCAAAAUGAAGCAGGAGCCGGUAAAACCUGAAGAAGGCAGAGAUAUGGCAAACAGGAUUGGCGCUUUUGGGUACAUGGAGUGUUCAGCAAAGACCAAAGAUGGAGUGAGAGAGGUUUUUGAAAUGGCCACGAGAGCUGCUCUGCAAGCCAGACGUGGGAAGAAAAAAUCUGGGUGCCUCAUUUUGUGAAGCCUUGUGCAAGCACAGCCCUCAUGCGGUUAAUUUUGAAGUGCUGUUUAUUAAUCUUAGUGUAUGAUUACUGGCCUUUUCAUUUAUCUAUAAUUUACCUAAGAUUACAAAUCAGAAGUCAUCUUGCUACCAGUAUUUAGAAGCCAGCUAUGAUUAUUAAUGAUGUCCGACCUGUCUGCCCAGCCAGGGUCUUUCUGACACUGCUCUAACAGCCCUCUCUGCUCUCCACCUGACACCAGGCGCUAAGGCAAAGAAUUUCUUAACUUCUUGCUUCUUUCUAGAAAGAAACAGUUGGUAACUUUUGUGAAUUAGGCUGUAACUACUUUAUAACUAACAUGUCCUGCCUCUCAUCUGUCAGCUGCAAGGACCUCUGGUGAGUCACUACUUCAGAGCUUUCCUCCUUAACAGAUCCAUUGGCAGAGCUCUGGGGAAGGCAUCCAGUUUUUUGAAAACUUGCUAGGCCAGAAAGGCCCAAGUCCACGCAGCUGUGGCAGAGUUACAGUUCUGUGGUCUCAUGUUAGUUACCUUAUAGUUACUGUGUAAUUAGUGCCACUUAAUGUAUGUUACCAAAAAUAAAUAUAUCUACCCCAGACUAGAUGUAGUAUUUUUUGUAUAAUUGGAUUUCCUAAUACUGAUAUUUGUCAUUCCCACAGAAAGUGUAUUGUUGUUUUUUUUUUUUUUUCUUUCUUUUUUUUUUUUUUUUUAAGAAAGUGUAUUUGGAAAUAAAGUCAGAUGGAAAUUUCAUUUUUUAAAUUCCCAUUUUUUCACUCUCUCUAAUAAAAUAUGGCCAUAUCUUCCCUAUUCAACCCUAUAUAUCAUCCCAGUACCCCUUUCCAGACUGGACUAAGUAAAUAGGACUUUGGUUUCACGCCUGAGGCAGUUACUCCUUGGAGGUGGCAUGGCCUUUCUCACCUGGACUGCAGGGUCUGGCUCUCUAAGUCACAGUGCUCCUUUAUCCACACUGUAUCCAAGGUGCCUCCAGAGGAGCCACCAGUUCUUAAGGGUGGCAAGGGAGGUUUUCUCUUUCUCUCCAGCUGACUAAACUUUUUUUCUGUACCAGUUAAUUUUUCCAACUAAUAGAAUAAAGGCAGUUUUCUAAACUUCCUGUA